AUGAAUGGUGCCAAGGUAUUCUCUAAACUUGACUUGCGUUCGGGAUAUCAUCAGUUGUUGUUAGCAGAGGAAAGCACAUGUAUUACCACCUUUGUCACACAUAAAGGAUUACGUAGAUAUAAAAGGCUUAAUUUUGGAACUAAUUCAGCUAGUGAACUAUUCCAGAAAGUUAUCCACGAUCAAAUUCAUGGCACACCUGGUGCUAUCAAUAUAAGUGAUGAUGUCAUAAUCUAUGGGAAAUCUCAACAAGAACAUGAUAGCUCUCUUCACAAUGUUUGUCAGCGCUUCGUCGAAGUUAGUCUAACUUUGAACAACGAAAAAUGCCAAUUCAGUCAAACCAAAUUGACAUUUUUCGGUAUUGUUUUCUCGGCAGAAGGAAUUUCAGCGGAUCCUCACAAAGUUUCAGCAAUCAAGAAUGCCUCACCACCUAGCUGUUAA